AUGGGCUUGUCUUCUCCCCUUGAUCCAAGUGAAAAACUCCGAGCCAAGGAAGGAGCAGUUUUGCCAGAUCCUACUUACUACAGAAAGUUGGUAGGCAAGUUAAACUUUCUCACUAAUACCAGACUUGACAUAGCCUUUAGUGUGCAGCACCUCAGCCAGUUCAUGCAAGACCCCAGGGAGCCAUAUUUGAAGGCAGCUUUCCACUUACUUAGAUACCUGAAGAGUGAUCCAACUCUAGGAAUUUUUCUGUCCAAUGAUCAUGAUUGCACUCUGAAGGGUUAUUGCGACUCAGACUGGGCUGCUUGUCCAGAUUCUAGGAGGUUAGUUACUGGCUACAUAGUCCUGCUGGGUAGUAGUCCAAUUUGUUGGAAGUCCAAGAAGCAAGAAACAGUGUCCCUAUCUUCAGCAGAAGCAGAAUACAGAUCCUUGAGAAAAAUUAUUGGUGAACUAACUUGGCUUUGCAGAUUGUUUGAUGAGCUCACUUUUCCCUAUCCUAAACCUGUCUCAGUGUUUUAUGAUAGUCAAUCUGCUCUACACAUAGCUCGCAACCCUGUUUUUCAUGAACGGACAAAACACAUCGAGGUUGAUUGUCACUUUAUGCGCGAUAAACUCCAAGAGAAGUUGAUUUCUCUUCAUCACAUUGGUACAGGUGCACAGUUAGCAGAUGUACUCACUAAAGCCUUACUGGUGUCAAGCAUUCUGAGAUAUUGA